GGUACAGGUAUACACUCGUAGGCACUUUCUUUCAACUUCCCUUUCCUCCCUCUUCCUCUCUCCAUCACACCUGACUUCUUCUUGACAUUGUGCUAGCAAGAUGAGAUUCUCCCACGUAUUGCCGCUUGCGGCUGUAUCAUCAGCAUUCGUGCUACCCUCGGAACAGGUUCUGAGCGAGCUUCAGAUCGAGGACCACCACGCUCACACUCAAAUCGAUCGUUGGGUUGCCAAAGUGGGCUCGGCGCAGAGUGCUGCCGUCUCCAGCCUCAAAGAGCAUGUGGACAGAGUAGUCGAGAGCACAGAGGAUGCCUUGAAAGAAGCCGGCAAGAGUGGCAAGAGUGUGCUGGAUCGGGCUUUAGAGCAAGCUGGCAACGUCGCAGAGUCGCUCGAAAGCACGGUUGGAGGCGCCGCCGAGGACUUUCAGACGUACAUUGAGGAUAGCGAUGUGUUCAGUGCAGCCGACGGCGACCACGAUCACGAUGGUCCCCCUCACCACCAUAAGCCGCAUCAUCCACCACACGAUCAAAAACCAAACGAGACGAUAUAUCAACUCAUUGCAGGCAGCAAGUACACCACCAAACUUGCCGAGUUGAUCUCGGAGUACGAUGACCUAGUGGGGGCAUUGAACAGCACAUCAGCGAACUACACCGUGUUCGCCCCAACAGACUCUGCCUUUGAGAAGAUUCCCGAACAUGCACCCAAGCCAACCAAGGAGCAGCUCAAGGCUAUCCUCUCCUACCAUGUUGUACCUGAUGUGUACACUGCUGGUCGCGUUCUGGUCACACACACCGUCCCAACCCUGCUCAAGGGCGAGCACCUUUCCUCCCAGCCUGAGCCUCAGCGACUGGCAUUCAAGAUUGGACUACGUGGCCUGACUGUCAACUUUUACAGUCGUAUUGUUGCAAUCAACAUCCUCGGCACCAACGGCGUCAUUCACGGUGUUGACUCCAUCAUCAUCCCCCCACCAAACGCCAUCAAGCUGGUCGGCCUCUUCCCAGGCGAGUUCAGCACGCUGGAGCUUGGUCUCUCGAAGACUGGCCUCCUGGACAUGCUCAAUACCACCGAGCACGCUGGAGGUACACUCUUUGCUCCAUCGAACUUUGCGUUCCAGAAGCUGGGCCCGAAGAUCAACGCCUUCCUCUUCUCGCAGUAUGGACAGAAGUAUCUGAAGGCACUGUUGGAGUACCACGUUGUGCCAGGCAACACUCUGUACUCGGAUGCGUACUACAAGGCCAAGGACGACAAGGAAGCGUCGUCCAGUGCAGACAUCCCCAAGGGACUGUUCCAUGUUGAUCUGCCCACUCUGCUCAAGGAUCGUGGUCUUUCGGUUGACAUUGCCCGUUACGGCGGGUUCAUCAGUAUGAAGAUCAAUGGCUUCGCCACUGUGGGCGUGCAGGACGGAAUUGCCGAAGACGGAGUGAUUCAAGUUACUCGUGACGUGCUGAUUCCACCCAAGCAGCUUUCUGCGACCCAAUUUGAGCAGUGGGACGGCAGCGAGCUUUCUGUCGAGGAUUUGAAGGAGCGCCUCGCACCAUUCGUCGCCAAGACUGAUCUCUAAGUCCAGGAUCCACUGAAAAUCACACUUCACGCUGUGGCACUUGAACCGGACUAAAAUUGUAUCUGUAACGAAGAAAUGCAAACAUGAUUGUAUCAGUAGCUCAUAUUUUGACUUGCAUUUGCACCAUAGAUGCAGUAGGAGGUAGGAUGAAGCUUGCCUGACGUACCUCCUACCUAAGUCAUGUACAGACAUUGGGUGACAACGUGGCCGCCUCUAGUGCACCACUAAGGUACAGAAGAACUAUGAUCGACGCCACACCUUUUCCGCCUGGAGUUUGAGUAUGUCACCUGUAUGGAACCGUC